UAUUGACAUAGCAACCAAAGCGGCGGAGUCGUUCAGUUUUUCAUUGCGGAUUCAUUUUCAGUGUAUUUUAGGCGUUUCGAAGCUCCGGGGUUCGCAUCUGACUGCUGCCAUGAAUGCGGCAGUCGCGAAGAAGACCCAGGACACGCUGGGGAAGGUGAUAAAGAAGACGCCUCUCACGGAGAAACUGCUAAGCAAGCCGCCGUUUAGGUACCUUCACGACAUCAUCAGCGAGGUCAUCAGGACAACAGGUUUUCUGAAGGGCCUUUAUGAAGAAAACGAAAUGAAGUCCGACAGUGUGAAAGAUAAAGAAUCCAAAAUAGCGUUCCUUCAGAAAGCGAUCGACGUGGUGAUGCUGGUGAGCGGCGAGCCCCUGGCGGCGAAGCCCGCACGCAUUGUGGCCGGACACGAGCCUGAGAAAACCAACGAGCUGCUGCAGGCCAUUGCCAAGUGCUGCCUCAACAAGAUGUCCAGCGAUGAGGCGGUGAAGCGAGUGCUGUCAGGAGAAAAAGUGGACCUGAAGACAAAGGCCAGCAUCCCCAGGUCUCGGGACAAGGAGAACCGGGAGGGACGGGAACGUCACGCUGACAGAGAGGAGACAAAAAAGAUCACCGAGCGCAGCGGCAGCCGGGACCAGAAAGACCCCGAUCAGCCCAAAGAGCAGGACAGCCGCCGCAGAGAUGGAGACAAAGAACGCCACCGCGACAGGGACCGGACUGACAAACACCAGCGCAGCGAGCAGGACCCCCACGCCAAGAGCCGGGACCGGGAGCGGGACAAGGAACGGGACAGAGAUCGGGACAAGGGACGAACCAGGGACAAGGACAAGGACAGAGAGAGGGAUCGGGAAAGGGAAAAAGACAAGGAGAGAGACAAAGACCGGGACAAGAGGCAAGAGAGAGACAGAGAAGCUCACAGAGACCGUGACCGAGACAAACGAAGAGACAGAGAGCGCGAGAGAGAACGACGCAAAGACGGAGACGAGAGGCAGAGAAGUGGAGAGAGUGGAAACAGAAAGACCAGAGUAUCAGAGGAACCACAGCAAAAAAUCAACUCUGAAGAACCCAGUAAAACAGCCAAAACCGUGCCAGCGGAAUCAAAGCCAUCUGAAGAGCCCACAGAAGCAUGUGAAAACCAGUCUGACAGUCCUGCUAGAAUACCUCGGCCUUCGUCUGCCAAAGGGCAGAGAAGAAGACCCAAAAUUGGAGGUCAAGAUGAGUCUGACAGUGAGGGAGACGGAGAUGCGCAGUCCGCCCAGAGACACGUCCCUCAUGAAAAUGGAGAAACAGGAGAGCCCUCCUUGCCGUCCGACAUGGCGUCCAGCAGCAGACGGGUAGCGCGGCCGAGCAGCGCUCGCCCUGCGCCUCCUCGAGUCAAGAGGCAGGAAAGCUACAAUGAUGCGACUCCAGCUGAGAGGCUGUCCAGUGCCAAGCCCUCAGCGCAGGUCAUCUUGGACGGGAAGAAGCUGUCUGAGGAUGAGGAGGACGAUGAGCAGUUUCUGGUGGAGGAGGCGGCCCCUCCCCCCUCGGAUGCUCCUGAAAUACAGCCAGAACCUGCACAGGAACUGGACAGUGGGGAGAAACACGGCGGACUUGUGAAAAAAAUCCUCGAGACAAAGAAAGACUAUGAAUCUUCGCCCUCGUCUCCAAAACCUAAAGAGCAGAACCUGUUGUCGGAGGCGGCGCAGAAGAAAGAGCGGGACAUGGUGACGAGGGAGAUCGAGCGGCUUCGCUCGUCCAUCCAGAUGGUUUGCCGGAGCUCCCUGCCUCUGGGGAAGAUCAUGGACUACAUCCAGGAGGACAAGGACGCCAUGCAGGCUGAGCUGCAGGCCUGGCAGCGGGAAAACAAGGAGCACGCACAGGCCCUGCUGCAGGAGCAGAGAGAGACGGAGCGGGUGGUGGAGCCUCUGAGAGCAGAGCUGGCCGAGCUGGAGCAGCUGAUCAAAGACCAGCAGGACUUGAACUGUGCUGUAAGAGCCAACAUCCUGAAGAAUGAAGAGAAGAUCCAGAAGAUGGUGACUGGCAUCAACUUCUCCUCCAGAACCUGAGUGAGAAACAACUCGAGGCUUUGGGGAGGAAAACACACACAUUCCUAUGAAAUGCACUGAAUAUUUAACCACAGGCAGUUUCUCAUUCUGAAUGAUGGUGGAGCUGUGUUUUUGUCUUUCCGAUGGUGUGAGAAGGGACCAAACAAUGCACUGUUGCUCAUUUUCCACCAAGAGGAACCAGGAGCUAGUUUGGAGCUGGUGUCGGUGCUUAGUCGGUUCAAAUCCCAGACCUCCCCGGAAUGGCUUUAUUUGUCAUUGGCUAAGAGUCAGAUGCGUCACAGUAAACCAUCAUCUUUAUUUUGCACCUCGUUUGCAGACUACAGUGUCAGGAAGCACUGGCUCUCAUCCUCAGUUCACUGCUGCUCUUUUUUAGCAUCCAUGUUGAAAGAGCCAAAAUGUAUCUACACACAUUUUUUUUUUUUUUUUUUUUUUUUUUUUAACCAGUGGCAUUGGUCCCAAUAACCCCGCCCACCGCCUCUGGUGUACUCCAUGCUUCGCUCAGGCCCAGCAACGUGUUAGUGCUCACUAAACACCCAUUCUGGAGGUGGAAGCAUAAAUAACCGGUGCUAAGUCAGGCUCUGGCUCCAAACUCGCUCCUGGUGGAAAAGGAAUAUUUGAGGUUCUCCCGUGAAAGCUUAGAGAUAAACUCAAAUCCUUCACAGGGAGAGAAGGCAAUAUGUGUAAGAAGAUGGUUAAAAAAAAAGGACUCCUCAGUGGUUUAGAGCUCUAACGUUAAUCCAAUAAAAAUAUUAGGGAUGGAAAACAGGGUGGAUAGUGGCCUUGGAGAUGCACCAACUGGUAAGACGUACGGAGGAAAUUCAUUUUUCUGCUCUGCACACUCAUCUAAUCCCACCGCUGGCUCUCGUCUUCAUGGUGCCUUUGUGGAAUGAGCCUGUGCACAGCGCAUGACUCACAAGUUUGAGCAACCGGGUUGUUUUUAAUGACGCACAUUCGGAAAAAAAACAAUAGACCGGCUUUAAAUGGUGCUUGCUUGUUCUUUCAGGCACCAUUAGCAGUCCAGUUCAGAGAGCGUCCUGAUAUUGUUGUGAGGGUUCGGGAUUUUAACUCUCAGUUUGACUGGAGCAGUUUUCAGACCUGCUUUCUGUUUCUCUCAUCUGCUGGAAAUGAUAAAGAAAGAUGCUUCUGGUACAUUUAGCAGAUUGAGCACAAGAGGAGAUGGUUAUUAUUAUUUCUUUUUAAAGAAGCUUUUGCACAGAGGAUUCUGAUCCUGUUGGUCAGAUUCUUUCUUUGGUUUAAAUUUCUCCCCAUUUAACACAACACACUAGUUUUUUUCUUCUUCUUCUUUCUUCCAAACCAUUUAUUUCCAGCAUUUCUCUUCAAGCUACCAGCGGCUUGACACUGCUUUCAGAAAGCUUUUCUUUGCUUCCCACCACUUUAAGCCCACUGUGUAAACGCCAAUACUGGUAAUUUAUCGCUGUUACUCCACUCACUCUUCCACUUUUGAUGCACUGCUGCACUUUGAAGUAUCACAGGAGGGAAAAUCUCCAGAAAAGGGAUUUUUGGGGGGGGUUAACAAAGCAAUGUUAGAAUUCCUUUAUUCUUCCUUACCCAUUCAGAAAAGCGACACACAUUCAUCUUAUGCCCUUUCAAUAAUAAAAACAGGAAUUAGUUCCACAUUGGGUGAACAUGCAGCAGCUUCCACCCUGAAUGUCCUUCUUGUCUGUUCGUACUGUAGAAUUUGCCAAACAGUUCCCGUUUUGGGAUGGACACUCUUUGGUCUGAUUGACACUUUCUGCAAAUGUUACCUAGAAAUAAUAGAUGAAUAAAUAAAUAUCUAGCCAUUUUUGCAGCUUAAAUACAUGUGUUUUCCAAGUGUAGCGGCUUUAAAAACAUAAAGCAAUACCAGGCUGGUGACAGCAGAUGGCUGAAGGAGAUGUGAGGCGGCCCCUAAAACUGUUUUCUUUGAAUUACAUUUACUUAAACGUAUGUCCAAGUUUAAUAUAAAUGUAGUCUUGUGUCUUUACUCACACUCGUGCAGUUUCUACCUCUGUUAGACCUGCUGCACUCACUGGUCAGAUCCUUUGUUUCACUUCAUUUGUCCCCAGGUUGACCAGCGACUGUAGCUUCCUGAGAUUUCCUUCCAUGAUGUCUGAUGUUGGAUGUGAUGACUGUACAUUAGGCGAUUAGAAUGUCAGAUAUCGGAGUACGCUUUCUGAAAUUAAAUUUAAUGAUUUUACUCAAGUCAUAGCUCAAUCAAUCCGGAGGAUGAAUUGUCAUCAGUGUAAAACCAGUUGUAACUGGGAAAAACAAGCUGCAUUUUUUUUUUAUCAGUAUUAUGCUCAGUUCAUCAAAUACAAAUGAAAUGUUAGCCUGAUGUGGAAAAGCCCCCAGAUUGUUGAACUAAAACUGGAAAUAAAGUGAAACCUGCAUGUUUGUCUUUUCCACGUGGAGACGAUUCACACUGUACACGAUCUGUAUCAUAUCCUCAGUUGCUUUAUAAGAUGUACAUUAUGUAUAUGUGGAGAUUGUAUCAUAGCUCAGAUAAUUCUAUAAUUUUGUAGUGGAGUGAAAUAAAUGGUUACCUUGAAAUAA